CCAACAGUCAGCAUAGAAAGCCUCCUGACGGCCGCACGGUGCGGUUCUCCUGCCGCACAGGACAGGAAGGACCUGCAGCAAACCCUCCACGCUCUAAAGACUCACACCAGCGAAAUCAGCACCACCUUAUCUUUAUAUGAGACAUUAAACACAACUGAGGAUAAACUAACAGAAGAGUGAAGCAACAGUGAAGAAAUCACCAGGUCCGUCUAUUUUACUUUGAAAGACUCAACCGGAUAUGGUAAACGUCGCUGCUGUCGGUGUGACGUCGGCGUGGCUUCCGGAGGAGACUGAGAGCAUCUGAGACCUGCCGCAUCUGGACCGACACAUCUGGACCGGAGCAGAUCAGAGACCGGCGGCCAGACAGACAGACGGAGAGAGAGAGACAGGUGGGCAGACAGACAGCUGGACUCUCGGACAGACAGGUAGACAGACAGGUAGACAGACAGACAGGUGUCUUGAGCGCAGCAUCCCUGUCUGUCUCGCCUCCAGGCCGGUGCUCCGGUGCUCCGGGCCGCUCCAUGGGGGACAGCAUGGCGGAAGAGACCCGGGUCAUCUACCACCUGGAGGACCAGGACACCCCCUACCUGAUCCGGAUCAACGUGCCCGCGCGGCGCGUCACCCUGGCGGACUUCAAACAGGUCCUGAACAAACCCAACGUCAAAUUCUUCUUCAAGUCCGUGGACGACGACUUCGGGGUGGUCAAAGAGGAGAUCAGUGACGAUGAUGCCAGGCUGCCAAUUGUGAACGGACGAGUCGUCUGCUGGGUAGUGUCUUCAGAAACCUGUCAGCCAGACUUCAGGGGCUCUGACACACAGUCUGUGGCCACGCCCACCACCCUGGUCCCGCCCCCUGUGGAGAGGACCGGUGGGAUUGGAGACUCCAGACCUCCGUCCUUCCAUGCUGCUGCUUUGAUUGGUCAGGAGGAGCUUCCAGGGUCAGAGGUCAACCGAGUUGUUUCCCCCCCACUGAGCAGAGAAAGAGAUGGAGGAAGUGACAGAGGUGAGCGUCUGAAUGGUCACGCCCACCGACCAGCUCAGCAGAAUGGGGCGGAGCCAUCAGGUGGAGGUGACAGCUCGUCAACCCAACAGAGCAGCCAAUUAGAGACAACCAGUUUCUGCUCAUCUGAGGAAGACUCCGGAGGAAGGUUCAGCCAAUCAACAGGGCAGAGCAGCUCCUCACCGCGACUCGUCAGGCGACAGCGCCGCCGCCACCGAAAACCCAAAACACAGCGGAUGGAGAGGUCUGUGUCUUUCAGCAGUGUCACUGACUCCACCAUGUCGCUCAACGUCAUCACUGUCACUCUGAACAUGGAGAGGUAUAACUUCCUGGGUAUCAGUAUUGUUGGUCAGAGUAACGACAGAGGAGACGGAGGGAUUUAUAUCGGCUCCAUCAUGAAGGGAGGAGCGGUGGCAGCUGACGGACGCAUCGAGCCCGGAGACAUGUUACUGCAGGUGAACGACAUCAACUUUGAGAACAUGAGUAACGACGACGCUGUCAGAGUCCUCAGGGAGAUCGUUCACAAACCAGGUCCGGUGACGUUAACAGUGGCGAAGUGUUGGGAUCCAAACCCACGCGGCUGCUUCACACUGCCCCGGAGCGAGCCGGUCCGACCCAUCGACCCUGCUGCCUGGGUGUCUCACACCGCUGCCAUGACAGGAAGUCUCCUCCCACACUACGGCGUGCAUGAGGAGAACCACCUCAGCAUCCACAGUGACAUGACGGCUGUCGUCAAGGCGAUGGCCAACCCUGAGUCAGGCCUGGAGGUUCGGGACAGGAUGUGGCUGAAGAUCACCAUCCCCAACGCUUUCAUCGGUUCGGACGUGGUUGACUGGCUCCACCGGAAUGUCGAAGGUUUCACCGACCGCCGUGAAUCUCGCAAGUAUGCCGGGAACCUGCUAAAGGCUGGGUACAUCCGACACACCGUCAACAAGGUGACCUUCUCCGAGCAGUGCUACUACGUGUUUGGAGACCUUUGUGGAGAGCUGGCUGUCAUGUCUCUGCUGGAUCAUGAGGAGGCCUCCAGUCGAGCAGCAGGAUCAGACUGCGACCCUCCAGCUUUCUCCUACCAGCCCCCCGUCCCUCACCCCUACAGCUCGCCACACCCCCUCCACCAGCUGCACGCCUGGGGGAGAGGAGGAGGACAAGGAGGACGUGGAGGGGGAGGAGGAGGAGGAAGCCAGCACAGUGAAGGAAGUGGCAGCAGUGGAUCAAACUGUGCUGGUCAGAGGGAGGCGGGAGGAAGAGGAGACAGCGAAUCAGAAUCUACCAAACAGGAAGUGGGAGCUUCACCUGACAAACAGCUGGAGGUGGAGUCUCCCGGCGCCGACAGCACCCGACGACCGCCGACCUCCUUCUCUGGUCUCCAGGGUAACAAAGACUCACAGGACGUCCCUCCGGCCCCGUCGCCGUCGCGAGCCCGACAGUCCUUCUGCCUCGCCAUGGGUAACCCCAGUGAUUUCUUUGUGGACGUCAUGUGACCCUGUGCUGAUGAUGCCACAUCCUGUCCUGGUUUUAAAAUGUCAUGUUUAUAAGAUAUUUCAACCAAAUCUGCUGGUUUGAACGAGCAGAGAGGAAACUUUGAUCUGUUUGAACUCAAUCAGGAAAGUUUCAGUUCCAGAACAACUUCAGAGGUGAUUUAUUUAUUUAUUUAUUUACGUUCAUCAUCUACGGACGAUCUGAAAUGACGCGGGACAGAGUGGGACGAUCCAGGGAUCACACUGGACCUGGACCUGGACCACAGGGAUGGAUGGAGGUUCAGGCUGACACACUGAAGGGGAAACUGGCUGGUCACUAUGAACCAUCAAUAAUGUAUAUUAAUAUGUAUCUAUGAUGUCACAGUUCAGUCUGAUGAGUGUCUGAGUUAAUCUCUGCUGUCUGAAGUGACAAAACAAUAAAACAUGUACAAACAAG